AUGGCGGGAACCAAGGUGCUGCGCUCCCUGCUGCACGAAUUGCGCCAAGCAUCACCUAAUGGAUGCAUCAAGGACUCGCUGGCCGCGCGUUACAUUCUGGCGCAAUACAAGAAGUUCGCCACCACGGAGCAGCAAGUCUGCAAGGCUCGCAACGAGGCGACUUUCCUGGGCCAAACCUACCUGACCUACCUGACCAGCCAGCGCAAGUACGUGGAGCUGUACAAGGAAUUCCACGGGAGGGGCGAGAGAUCCGUAAGGGAUACCGCCGAUUUGGUGGGCUUCAAGCUGCCCUCGGAUCCCAAGUGAUCUAGUUGUAUAGAAGCAUAGUUACUAGCGUAGUGCGAUUAAAGCGUCCAAAGUUGCAAA